CACAAACACAGGAACGUAAUCUCCGCAAGGCAGCGCCAGGAAGAGAAUAGAGUGUUCUUUUAACGCAACAUCAUUUACGCAAAUCUUUACGUGUCUCUCAGAAAUGAUUUCAACCGAAACCGUCCGCCGGUUUAGGUGCAGUCCGUGUGGUUCCGACUUAUGAACUAUUCUGAGUAAUUGUUAGAAGAUUAUUUAAAAGACAAAGACGCGUGUGUUGAUGGACGAGCGGCACCUGCAAAGUUAAAUAACUAUAGUAUAAAACAUUGAUACCAUGACGAUGGCUUCUAAACCUACGUGUCUGAUUGUGGCGAGUUCUGCAGCAGAGGGUGUGUCUGCUCAGUCCUUCCUUCACUGCUUCAAUCUGUGCAGCUCCACCUUCAACCUGCAGAUCGCCACUCCUGGGGGGAAGCCGAUUGACUUUGUCGAUGUUGAUGAAACAAACAUGCGACUGAUCCAGGACUUCAGAAUGAAAGCCUACGCUGGCCCGGCCAAGCUGGAGUCCAUCGACGGAGCCCGCUAUCAUGCUCUCCUCAUCCCCAGCUCUCCGGGUGCAAUGUCAGACCUGGCACACAGCGGCUACCUGGCAAAAAUCCUGCAGCACUUCAUCUCAGAGAAGAAGCCUGUGUGCGCGGUGGGGCACGGUGUCUCUGCUCUGUGCUGUGCCGUCACGGAGGAGAGAGCCUGGAUCUUCAGGGGGUACAGCCUCACCGGGCCCUCUGUGUUGGAGCUGGUGCGCCGCAGAGACUUUGCAAACCUCCCCAUCGUGGUGGAAGACUUUGUGAAGGACUCUGGGGCGACUUACAGUGCCAGUGAAGUGGACGCGGUGCACGUGGUGCUGGACAGACACCUGGUCACCGGACAGAAUGACCAAUCCACCGUCGCAGCCGUACAGAACCUCAUCCUGCUCUGCAGCUCCAGGAAGUGACUCUGGGAAGGUGUGACAGGCUGUUGGGAUACUGAAGGAAUCACUAGACCUCUGUAUUCGGGGGUCUUUCCUUCAAUAGGACCCAGUACUGUUUGUGAGGAGUGUGCCGUGUUUGUCCCACAUCUUGUCUAUAUUGUAAAUAAAUUAAAAUGCUGAAGCACUACAA